GCUGGAUAUCCAGGCAGAAGUUUUCAGUAUUCUCUGUAGAGAAGAGUUGAGCUGCGCAACUUUUUUUGGAAUACUUAUCCGCGUCUUCUGCAUUUUCGUUCUAUUCCCAUAUGCUGUCGGGGGAGGCGGGCGCUUCCGAGGACAGGGGGACAUGAUGCCCCGAAUGAUGCUGUAUCUCGCAGCUUCCAUUCUUUUCACGCUUUGCUCAUCAGGUUCCUCUUUCCUUGGACAAAACACGCCUCCUGUGUUUGAUAUGAAAAGAGAAUGGAUCAUACCAGAGGAUGAACCUGUUGGUCGCAGAGUGACAACUGUUCGUACCCGUGACGACGAAGGUGAUCCUAUCGAGUAUGGUAUCGAACCCGCUGUCUUUUUGGACGGAUCCAGUUAUUUUACCAUCGAGAAGAAGACGGGGAAGGUCUUCGUGGAAAGACCUCUGACAGGGCUGGCUGGAAAUGACUAUUACCUCUUCAUCACAGCGAAUGAUGGACACCAAACGGCCAAGAUUGAAGUGUACGUGAGAGUGGUAAAGGCCAGUGAAAAUACCUCUCCCUCAGUCUUAGAAAAUGCCCCCUCUGUCCACAAUCCCGGACCUAUCGGUCCAUCCGGGUUUCUUUCGAACCUCCCGUUCCUCUCCAACCACCCUCCUCGAAGACCGCCACGUUUGCCCGUGAAAACCACAACAGAGGAAUUUCAAGAAAUCUCCUCGGCACUUUCAACGGAUGUUCCUCCAACUCCAUCCUCUGAUCGCAACACAACCGAUGCUUCACCGAGGCAGCCGCUGGACUGGGUCUCCACAGUCUUUCCCUUGGUGGCAGUUGUGGCUUUUGCACCUGUUUUCGGGGCUGUGCUGUGGUUACUACACAGGAGAUGCAAAAUCCAAGAAAAACUGAAAGCAGAGAAGAAACUUUCAGACAGUCGCCUGAGUGAAGAAUCGGAGCCAAAUCCUCACGUGAGUGUCCUCUACUUACAGAGGCCGAGGACAGCUCACUCCAAUAGAUACGAGUCCGGGGAGACCACAGGAAUUAUUCCCGAGAAUCGCAAGUGGGAAUUUCCCCGCCACCACCUGCGCUUCCUGGGGCUUCUGGGCGAGGGAUGCUUUGGCCAAGUUUGGAAAUGCGAUACUCUGGGAGAUUCGGAAGCUCUGGUGGCUGUUAAGACGCUCAAAGAGAAUGCUUCCGAGAAGGAGAAGAAAGACCUUCUGAACGAGAUCGAGGUGAUGAAGCUGCUCGACCCUCACCCCAACGUCGUCACUCUCCUCGGCUGCUGCACGGAUAGAGAUCCUCUAUUCCUGAUCAUGGAGUACGUGCAGGACGGCAAACUACAGACGUACUUACGAGAGAGUCGUGCAGAACGUCAGUACGGCAACCUUCACGGUGGCAGCCGACAUCUCACCUCUCGGGACCUCACCGUCUUCGCCUACCAGAUCGCCAAGGGGAUGGAGUACCUUUCCAGCAAAGGGAUCAUCCACAGAGACUUGGCAGCUCGAAAUAUCCUGGUGGACGACAACAAGACGUGCAAAGUCGCCGACUUCGGUUUUGCGAGAGAUGUUAUCAUCAAUCACGUCUACGAGAGGAAGUCUGAGGGUCGCCUUCCCAUCCGAUGGAUGGCCCCAGAAUCUUUGUACGACAAUAUCUACACCACCAAAACAGAUGUCUGGUCAUUUGGAGUGGUCAUGUGGGAAAUAGUAACGCUCGGUUCCACCCCUUAUCCGGGCAUGGCAGCCGGAGAUGUGAUGCGUAAGGUGAGGGAGGGCUAUCGCAUGGAAAAGCCCGAACACUGCAAACGGGAGGUGUACAACAUCCUCUUCUACUGCUGGGACGAGGACCCUUUGAAGAGGCCCACCUUCGGAGAGCUGGUCGUGCUGCUGGACAAGCUGCUGGUCGGCGAGAACGACUACAUACAGCUGGACAGAUUUCCCGACCACGCCUACUACAACAUAACAGGGCUCUCGGGUGAAAAACUGUAGAUCAAAUAAGCAUCUACAAGAGCUUUCAUAUCAGUGUUUCACAAGACAAAGAUUGAAAAAUAUCUACUCGCUAUGUGUGUUUUAUACCUUUCCUAAAGAUUCAAGCAUUCGAUGCAAGUUUAAUGGAAGUCCAGACCUUCAAUUAAUUUGCACUUGGUUAUUUAUACAGAAAAACAUUAUCAAUGAUGAAGACGUAUAUUUGAUCAAUGAGCAUGUAUUGAUUCAAAAAUUGAUCUCGAUGUAUCAGUUCGUUGAACGAAAAUGCAAGGAAGGAAGUACUUUGGAAUGAGGAAUUUGUAAAAUCUUUAUGGUUCAAUGACUUUUUCUCAAAACAAAAUCAGCUUUCUGAAGUGCCUUCUAUUAAAUUUUUGUCAAAAAGUGUUAAAUACCUUUUCCGUUUUGUAAUGGAAGAGCGGGAUAGAGAAAUAUAGCAUUCUUUUAUUUAUUCAUGUUGUCUUCAUUUCGUUUCAUGGCCAUCCAUUCACUCUGUUAAAGCCAUAAAUAAUAAUCUUAUUUUGUAUCAUAAUAUUGCAUCUAUUAAUUUCAAAAAUUCUAUAGGUAGAAUAUAAUAUUGCAACAUCAUGAUACUUCUUGAUAUAAAAAAAAAAUAGUGACAUCCAUGCAAGAAAAAGAAGCAACCAAAAUUUACUGGACUGUGAUUGUUUUCGACAUGUGAAAUUUCAUAGCAAUAUGAUAUGCAAUUGAAAGCUGAUUUGGAAAUGUAAUAAAUUCACUUCAGGAAGCCUUGGUCAAUGUAUCUUUAAAUAUCUGUCAAUGAAUUUGACCAGAAGUGAACAUUCCGAUUCUAUUCAUUCUGACUGCAUUAAUAUAAAUAUUUCAGUUAUUGAAAGUCAAGAUAACGGGAUUUUGUAUUGCUCUCAUUAUAUCUUCGUCCUCUGAAUAGAAAAUCCACCAGAGGAAAAAUUCCACUUUCCUUUGAAGCGUUGGAAACUUUAUCAAUAAGUGAACAAAAACACUCUUGUUUAUUUUUAUUUCAUCGAAAUCUGUAGACAAUACGCUAUUUCAGUUCCAGAAAAGUUCCUAUCUCAACUUAUAGCCAGGAUGGGCGCUACCUGUGAGUGCCAAUGCCACAAAAUUCAAAUGGAAUAGAAAAUAUGAAAGUGUAUUAUCGGAAUAAUCUCGCACGAAGGGAUUAUAUUCACUUUUUAGAUCAUGUUGUGCCUGAUUAAUUGCUAUUAUUAC